AUGAGACUGCAAGAUUUCAAUUUUUCAAUGUGUAAAGGUACAAAAACGUUAGCAAAUACAAAUGUAUAUUAUUUCGGGCUUAAAUACACUUUUGGACCAGCUGCCAGUCGAUUAUUGGAGGCGUACAAAAUGCUUUUAAAGUUUUUAGGGAACCUGCAAAAUCUUAGAGACUCACAUGCUGCACUUGCUUCUGGAUCGGAAACAUCAGGAGGGCCUUCUUCUGUCUCAGCAAUAAUCUCUGAAUGUGAAUCUGAAAUGACAGUUAUAAAUCGAGAUCUUGGAAUUCUUUCCGCCUCCAUUGCUCGUGAACAGGCAGAAAAGAUGAGCAUUUGAUAACAAUAUAGGAAUAAGAUUAACCAUGAAGUCUUAUUGUCAUGUAUUUUAGGAUCUUGUUGUUUUUCGAGUAUAUUUUGUGAUCUUGUUCAUAGUAU